AUGGAUUAUUCAUCUUUGGUUGAUACUUCUUUGGAUCUUAAUAUUAAUCCUUUGAGAGUGAAAAGCGAUGCUCCAGUAGAUGCAGAGAGAUUUGCGAUGGCAAACAAAAGGAAACCCACUUUCAUGGAUUUUCAGACCAAGCCUCCAGCGAAAGAGGAGACUGGAGCUUUGGUAGAGGAAUUGAACCGAGUGAGCGAAGAAAACAGGAAGCUGACUGAAAUGCUAACUGUGAUGUGUGAGAACUAUAAUGCUUUAAGAAGCCAGUUGAUGGAUUACAUGAGCAAGAACGGAGAAAAGGAGCCUCUUGCCUCAUCAAAGAAAAGAAAGUCUGAAAGCAGCAACAACAACGAUAAUAACAUUGCAACGAAUGGGAACUCUGAGACCAGCUCAACCGAUGAGGAAUCAUCUAAGAAACCAAGGGAAGAAGUCAUCAAAGCAAAGAUUUCCAGAUCUUAUGUCCGGACUGAAGCUGGUGAUACAGGCCUUAUCGUGAAAGAUGGAUACCAAUGGAGGAAAUAUGGCCAAAAGGUCACAAGAGAUAACCCUUCGCCAAGAGCUUACUUCAAAUGCUCUUUUGCUCCAAGCUGCCCUGUCAAAAAGAAGGUUCAAAGGAGUAUCGACGACCAAUCUGUUCUAGUGGCAACUUAUGAAGGGGAGCACAACCAUCCACAUCCCUCAGUGGAAGCGACAUCAGGUUCAAGCCGUAGUCUAGCACUCGGUUCAGUACCCUGCUCAGCCUCCCUAGCCUCGUCUGGGCCAACCAUUACUCUUGAUCUCACAAAAUCCAAGUCCAGCAAUGAUGCCAAAAGUUCAAAACCAAAAUCAGAUGCACCUGAAGUCCGGCAAUUUUUGGUGGAACAGAUGGCCUCUUCGUUGACGAAAGAUCCCAAUUUCACAGCAGCACUGGCCGCAGCAAUCUCAGGAAGGAUGUUCCAGCAAAAUCACUCUGAGAAGUGGUGA